AUGGAAACCGACCUUGCUAUCUUACAUCUAUCACCAAGUCAUGAAGACAAAAGACCUAUAUCCUCGACAAAUAAUCCACAUAUGAUCCGUAUUAGACGUAAGAGCAGUAAUAUCUCGAGGACAAAUAGCAAUACAACAAUGUAUCCUGUAGUGCCUCCAUCUCCAACAAUAAGUGAACAUUCAUUAAUCUUUGAAAGAAGUGUAGAGGACCUAACUACUUUACCUUCAUCGACUAAUACUUUGGGAUCCAUGACAAAUUUAAAUAUGUUAACUAAACAAAGAUCAAAUUCAAAUGCUUUCUUACAAAGACAACUGACUGGUGGCUCUGUUAAUUCUAUGGCAUCCAAUUCAAUGACUCCAAUGAUGUUACCUGUAAGUGCUACACCUACAAACUCAUUGUCAGCACACUCUACAAACCAUCAUCAUCACCAUAGGAGAAGGACUAUAGAAAAUCUGGUGGCACCUGCAUUAGAUGCUUCAUGUUCUCUAAUUGCAGAUCAUACUACUCAGAUGGAUAACGUUAAUGUAAUCCAUUCAAGAAAUUCUUCCAUUGUUGGCUUGAAUAUGGCUUUGGGUCUCUCUAGAAGUUCUUCCAUUAGUGGAAGACUUGAUAAGAGACAGAUAUUUAAUGGUACACAAAGUGAUGACAAUAAUGAGAGUGAAUGUGAUUCAACAAGUGGUGGUAGUAGUCGUGACAAUAGUGAGGAUGAGGAUGAUGAAAAUGGUGUCAAUAUCGAUAAAUUGAUAAGAUCACGUAGAAUAAGUCGUAGUCGUCGUACUUCAGGAACAAAUAUCAGUUCCACUCAAACUUCUCCAAUGGUAACAUCACCAAGAUUUUCUAAUACGGCAACUGACUCCUCAGGUAAAGUAUUGAAAUUUUAUUCAUAUGUUGAUAUGGUUUCUGAUGAACAUAUUAACCCUGCAAUUUCUAAUCGGAGACCAUCAUUCUUAACAGGAUCAGUAUCAUCGCCUUUAUUGACACCUUCAGAAUUAUUAAAUUCAUCAGCUUCAAAUCAUUCUUUAUCACCACCACAAAUUGGUACAAAUUUCUUAAAGAGUCCAGUUAUGACAGCUACAACAAAUAAACGUGACCAAGGGACAUCAUACAUAUCUCCAAAAUUAUCAUCAAGAAGACUCUCAGGGAAUAGUAAUAAUAAUACUAUGCCUAGAUCACCUACUUAUGUCCCUAAUGGAAUGAGUACAUUAUCUUCUCCACAAAACUAUUAUCAUAGAUCACAUGGCAAGACAAGAAAAUCUAAGGGGCAAAAUAAAGAUAAUUCGAAGUCUAAUGAUAAUAACAAUGAAAUCAAAUUUCAAAUUGAAUCGUCCGAUGAAUUUUCUUCUGAUGAUGAUACUGCAAUGUUUGAUCUAGAUCAAUCAAAUGGUAAACAAAAUAAUAAUAACAUUAGCCUUAAGAAUGGGAACUCAAUCUUUAACAUUCAAAAUUCAAAACAAGGAACUGCAACAACAUCUCCAUCAUCAUCAAUAACAGCACCUCCAUCUGUGCUAAAAACUUCGAUGUUUCAAACAGGGAACAAUCAUAGUAACCCUGAUAUUUACUUGAAGACAAAAUCAAGGACGUAUUCAAAUGCCAGCUACCAUCCACCACCUCUAACUUCUAGAACAGGUAGUACAUCAUCGACUUCCUUCCGAAAGUUAUCCAUACCAACAGCUAACAACGCUACUGCUCAAGGACCUGGUACAAGUCCUAUCCUACCUUCUCCAUAUUCUUUGCAAAUGGAGAAUCUUGGUGCUGUUCUUAGACAAAAGGUAAGCGAUUCCAACGCUACAUCAAGACCUUCUACACCAAUUUCAAAACACGAUUAA